UAAUUUUGCUACACCUGUUACCAAUAUUAGUAAUUUUGCUGCACCUGUUACCAAUACUAGUAAUUUUGCUAUGCCUAUUAUCAAUACUAGUAAUCCUAUUACUCAUUCCACCUUUAAUAAUCCUGCUACUAAUAUCAUCACCACCUCUAGUAAUCCUGCUACCUAUAUUGCUUCCAACUCUAGUAAUUCUGCUAGUAAUUCCUCUACAUCUAAUUUUAAUAAUUAUACUAAAUCUACCACUUAUAGUA